AUGUGCAAAUAUUCAGAAAACUCUAAUUUUACUUCUGAUGAGGAGGAGAAUGAUAAGAUUGUUAUUGAGAUCGAAGAUGAUGACAAAACUGAUGAAGUUGAAGAUGAGGCUGAUGAUGAAACAAAUAAAGAUGAUGACGAAACUGAAGACGAAGAUGAUGAUGUAACUGAAGAAGAUGAAUAUGAAGCUGAUGAUGAAACUGAAGAAGAUGAAUAUGAAGCUGAUGAUGAAACAGAUGAAGAUGAUGAACAUGAUCAACCCAUGAAAAUUAGCAGCAACAAUGACAGAAGAUUUAAAGGCGAGUCACAUUUGGAGCUUGCAGGAAGCAUAUAUGAUUUAGUGCUUCAACCGUUGCUGAAGUAUUCGGAAGAGCAUAAUAAAAGAUUGAAAUCAAGUAAUGAGGAGAUAACUGGCUAUUUGAAAUUAUUUGAUAAAAUGAGCGCUGAGGUUGAAAAGGCACGCGUUAGUUAUGUCACAAAAUGUCAGCUUGCCGAUGAAUUAAAAGAGAAGGCAGAUCGAGAAGCAGAGGAAAGGCAAAAGUUGGAAAUAACUUCAGAUAAGGGAAAACAACAAGAAAAGGAACAACAAGCAAGCAUGAAGGCAGCAGUUGUGCUUGGUGAUCAGGCAUUUACCGAGCUAGAGAUAAUGAAAUUUUUAGAACGUAUGAGAGAUGAGAUUGAGUCACAAGAAGUUCGGAUACCUUUUUUAGGAGUGUAUAAUGAUGUUUAUUCCGGAGAAGAUAUUACCAGAUGGUUACAAGAAAAUCAUCCGACUGCAGAUAGUUGGCGUGAAGCUGAGAGUAUUGGGCAAGAUUUGGCCGAUCAAGGUUUUAUAAAACUUGUUGGUGCAUAUGGUAAUAGAUUUACCGGGAGUCCUUCGUCAUAUUUUCAAUGGAAGAAGAAAUCAUUUGAUUUAAAGGAAACAGAAGAUACAGUUAUCAAAACAAAAGGUUGGAGCUUCCCAACUAUUACAUCAUCUAGUCAGCCACCUGAUAAACGAGCUCGUAGAGAAGCAGAUGAAGCAGACGAGGCUUAUAGACAUGCUGUCAGAAGAUUAGACAGAACAAGAUUAUAUCUCGAAGAAUGCAUGAUAUAA